AGAUGCGCUCGAUUCGUUUGUCAAUCAAACAGUUCGUCAAUUUUCUUCAAUUGACACGUUUACAGUAUACUUUUGAUAGUUCGAAGCUGGAAAAAUGCUGAGUCAAAGAUCUUUUACACUACUGCUCGUUGGCUUGGUGUUAUCCGAGUUUCUGAUCGUGGAUGUCAGUGGUAUAGGACCAUCUGGGAGCAAGGUAAACGAAAAAAACAUACGUGGAGAGACAGCUUUGCAUAGAGCUGCUGAGACUGGUGAUGUGAACGAAGCUCAAAAACUCAUCGACGAUGGAGCCGAAGUUAAUAUUGAAAAUUUGUUCAAGGAGACACCUCUUCAUUUAUCUGCUUCCAAUGGUCACAAGAAUGUUGCUGAACUUCUCAUCAGUAAAGGAGCCAUUGUUGAUAGUAAAAAUGAAUACCAUGCGACACCUCUUCAUUCCGCUGCUUUCAAUGGUCAUGUGAAUGUCGCUGAACUUCUGAUCCGUAAAGGAGCAAAUGUUAAUGUUCAAAAUAGUUCUAAGCAGACGCCUCUUCAAGUAGCUCGUAACAAUGGUCACGAUGAGGUCGCCAAACUUUUAUCGGUUAAGAAAACAAAAUACUAGUAAUUCAAUUGGCUACUAACGAUGGUGACGAAUAGCUGAACCAAUUUAGCUGAAUAAUCGGAUGAUUUCCUUCGAUUCCCCGUUUCGAUUGUAGUGUAGAAUUAAUUUCAAAACAUUUUUUUGUCAAUCUAUGACCAUACCAACCAAUAUUGUUGCUUUGUUGGACCAUCCAUUAAUAUUCUGUCAAAAAACACCUCAA